GCAUAUUUUGGGGUAGCAUAUUCUGUCACCCACCAAUGUCUAUUUUUGGAUGGGAGUAUCCUAUAAAGGACAGGUGAAAUCCUUAAAGAUGUUCAGACUGUGAAAGGGUGGCAUUAAUGUUGGGUGAAACCAUCAGAUUUUUUUAAAAAGGUGCCAGGAGGCAGGUACUCUUUAGAGGUUAAGGUAAGCAGGUGUGGGUGGGAAACGGCCUGUAUUGUUCCUGGUGGAGCCGCAGAGGAGCUGAUGUAAGGAAGUGGUUCUGGUUGGAGGGCAGGUUACAUGGUGCGUACAUAGUGAUCUUUGGCCUGGAGUUCUCGUAAAUGCUGUGGGUUGUUCUAGAAUAUGCUCUACAUGCAUGAACUUACUGAAUCCUCGCAGCUAAGAGAAGGUGUUACUGUCCCCGUUUCCAGGUGAGGACAGGAGGCACAGAGGCUGGCGCUCCCUGUAGGUCACAGCUGGGAGUGCAGCCACCCCAGGUGGACGGCUCCGAGCCUGGGUUCUGAAGGCCGCUCACCACACCGCCUCCACCAAGGCUACGGACACGAGCUUUGGGAAGCUUCCCUAAGCCAAGUCUGCACCUUGACCCCACAUGCAGUCCUCCGUUCAGAGCACCACCACCUUCAUGGCCCCGUCUCCGUCUCCGUGUGCUCUCAGCCCAGCUUCAGACUCAGGGCUGGAAGUGGGUCACAGGAUGGAAAAUGAGAGGGGCUGGCCUGAGGGGAACUGGAAGUGUUUGCUAUGACGGGAAAGCAGAAGAAAGGGAAAGUCCCUGCCUUCACCCUCCCUGGUGACGGGAAAGGGGUCAGGCCCUGUGUGUGAGAAGGUAGGGAAGGAAGAGAACGACCAGGGGAAAGUGGGAAAGGGAGGGAGGGAAUGUGGGCAGACAGGCAGGGACCUGGAGCCAGAGCAGCUUCUUAAGAAAGCGCUUCAGUUUGCAGCGUUAAAGGCGGACGUGACCUUGCAGAGAACGCCCAGGCCUAUAGGGUUUUCUAGCACCAACUUCUCCCCUCCACCCCCACAGUGUUGGAAGGGACGUCUAGGAUGAAGGCGUGUGGCCCCAUGUAGGUCUCCAUGGCAGUGAGAUGAGAGCUGGACAAGUUCUUGGCUCUGCCUGUGCACAAAGCUGCUGGGCUGGGGAGAGCGAAGGACAAGAUUGUGAAGCUGGUGUGAGUCACUGUGAACCCCACCCACUUGAGGCAAACUUGGCCAGUUUAAUUGGUGGGAACUGUCAACCGGGCGAGGGACUGUGGCUUUUUCAGCAGCCUCGUUAGCUCUCAGUCAACGAGAAAGCCUCUGGGUGAGGAAAUUGUGGCCAGACCAGCAGCAGGUCGUGCUCUCCCGGCCCCCCUGACUGGAGGCUGUGGGGCCUGUGCACAGAGCGCCUGCAGACGGAGCCGCCCGGCCACCUGCCUCGUGGAGAUGCUGGGGCCAGCUCUCGCCUUCCUAGUCCUGUUCCUUCAGGGACGGCAUAGCCCAGCCACUUCCUCUUGCCCAGUACCCCUGUCUCCGGAUGGACCUGUGGUGAGACCUUCGGGCACGGCUUUCUGCUUAGGGCCCGGCCACACCCCGACAGCGGUGAGGUCUUUUGACUGGAAGGUACAGCGGUUCUCAAACCCAAGCCCUCGUGUGCUGUUCACUUGGAAGAAUGAUUCGAGGCUGCAUCAUGCGCAUCGGAAUGCCAGUGACUACAAUAGGCUCAAUUUUAGCAUCAAGGAGUUAAGGCUCCUCCUCACGGCCGCUCAGCCCGACGACAGCGGCACCUACUCCUUGGAGGUCACCCUUGAGAACGGCACCGUCAGGACCCACCGCUUCCACGUGUCCGUGUUGGACCCUGUGGGGAAGCCCGAGCUGCAGCUGCUGGAGCAGACGGCGGCCCUGGGCAGUGGGAAGUGCCGAGUGACCCUGAACUGCUCGGCCUCCGGAGGUGGUGAUGUGACCUACACCUGGUACCGCGGGGGCGAGUGGAUCCCGACGCCCAGGAGCCCCUUCCGACUGGAGGAGCAGAUCGAUGCCAACGGCUGGCACAUAUACACCUGCAACGUCAGCAACCCCGUCAGCUGGGCGCACCAGAGCCUCCAGCUCAGCCAGGGCUGUGGGAGCGCCCCCCAGAAGCUCGGCCUCCUGCCCCUCUUGACGAUCAUCGUGGUUCUCAUACUCACGCUGCUUGGCACCCUCACCGGCGUCUGCGUGUGGAGAAGGGGGAGGAAGCCGGCAGAGCCCGGCCCAGAGGAAUCGCUGACAGUUUAUGAAGAUGUCAACCGCCUGCCAGGCAGGAGCGGCCAGUCUUCCGCUUCCACAUCACAAGAAACUGCAACUACCCUGUAUUCAGUGGUGCUGCCCGCAGGGAAGGCUGGAUCUAAGAAGAGGAGCCACAGCCCUUCCAUCUAUGAAGGGGUUGGAAAGAUACAACCCAGAGCUCAACACGCUGCUUGACUCAACACCAGGAGCUGAAGAACUUUUCUGUAUAAUCCCAGGGGCCACUGCUGGCCUCCCCUGUGUUAGGACCCAGCAUCUGUUUUGGGAAUCAGUGCAAUGGAUGACACCAUAUGAGUCUACAUAAUAGUUCCUAGUCUGGGAGUUUGUUGAUGGACUAUAUUUUGUUUUGAAAAUGAUUUUUAACAGCCAUUAAAAUAGCAAGGCACCUGCA